CCGCAGUUUGCUUUGGACACUUGGCGAAGGGGAACAGCGCGUCCGGACAGAUUAUUCCAUCAGGAUGAACGGGGAUACGUACUCUUCCAGAGGUGAGUCUGACAUGGUCGAGUACGGAGCUCACCAGGGGGCUAAUAAGCCGGUCGCAGACUCUGGUCGCCCUAGGGACUACUACCGCGACGAACGCCGUGAACGCGGUGGUGACAGAGGCGAGAGAGGCGGACGCGGAGAGAGAAGACGCUCGCGGUCGCCCCACUACGGCCGAAGCUCCCGACGCGAGUACGAGGCCGACUCGUAUUCGUCCAGCCGCGACUACCGCGCCAGAGAACGAGAGGACCGCUACUCCAGCCGGAGAGACGAUCGGGAAUGGGACCGGGACCGUGGUGCCGACCGCCGGCGCAGGGACGAUGAUCGGCCGCCCCGACGGGAGCGUGAUAGAGAUCUCUUCGAGGAGCGACCGCGACGGGAGAGGGAGCGAGGAGACCGCGACCGUGAGGGUGACCGUGACCGUGAGAACCGGAGGGAGCGCAGAAGGAGUGCCACACCUCCCCCGCGCAAGAGGGAGGCCACGCCCGACCUGACGAAUGUGGCCUCGGUGCUGGAUCGGAAACGUCGUCUGACGCAAUGGGAUAUCAAGCCUCCUGGGUAUGAGAACGUGACGGCGGAGCAGGCUAAGCUUUCAGGGAUGUUCCCUCUUCCUGGCGCGCCUCGCCAGCAACCUAUGGAUCCCAGCCGCCUGCAGGCUUUCAUGAACCAACCCGAAGGCGGAUCGGCCGAGAACACCACGCUCAAGCCGUCCAACUCGCGCCAGGCGAAGCGUCUGUUUGUCUACAACGUUCCCCCGACUGCUACCGGCGAGACUAUCUUGUCGUUCUUCAAUGUCCAGCUCAACGGCCUCAAUGUCAUCCAGAGCGUGGACCCCUGCAUUUCCGCGCAAGUGUCCGACGACCGGAGCUACGCUUUGCUGGAGUUCAAGACGCCGAGCGAUGCCACCGUUGCCCUCGCGUUUGAUGGGAUCCAGAUGGAGGAACACCAGACUAUGGGCGAAAAAGGCGCGCAGGGACUUGAGGUCCGCCGACCCAAGGACUACAUCCUCCCUAGCGCGCCGGAACAGGAGUACCAGGAGGGCGUGCUGCUCAACGAGGUUCCCGACUCGCCCAACAAGAUCUGCGUGUCCAACAUCCCGCAUUACAUCCCGGAGGAGCCCGUGACGAUGCUGCUCAAGUCGUUUGGCGAGCUCAAAUCGUUCGUGUUGGUCAAGGAUAGCACCACGGAGGAGUCACGAGGCAUUGCGUUCUGCGAGUACGCCGACCCCGCCGCUACGAGCAUCGCCGUGGAAGGACUCAACGGAAUGGAGCUGGGCGAUAGACACCUGAAGGUGGUGCGUGCCAGCAUCGGCAUGACGCAGGCCGCGGGUCUAGAUAUGGGCGUCAAUGCCAUGUCGAUGUUUGCCAAGACGACGUCGCAGGAUCUGGAAACCAGCCGCGUGCUGCAGCUGCUGAACAUGGUGACACCGGAGGAGUUGAUGGACCCUGAUGACUACGAUGAAAUCUGCGACGACGUCCGCGAGGAGUGCUCCAAGUACGGCCAGAUUGUCGAUCUCAAGGUGCCACGCCCGUCCGGCGGAAGCCGACAGUCUCCCGGCGUCGGCAAGAUCUUUGUCAAGUUCGACACGGUGGAAUCCACAACAGCAGCGUUGAAGGCGCUGGCUGGGAGAAAAUUCUCCGACCGAACCGUGGUGACGACGUACUACAGCGAAGAAAACUUCGACGUGAGCGCCUGGUAAUGUCAAAAGGAAACGGAAAAGCGAAAACAAACAGUAUGAUAAGGGCUGAAAAGAAUGAACGUAUUCUGUCGUAUUAAUUGCUAUGGUCGAUCCGAUUCCGAUUCCACUUCCUGUUUUUCUUUAUUUCUUUUCUUCCCUUGCGCGCCUAAUUUGACCAGCUAGCUGGAUAUGACAGCGGCCAUAACACAGACCGACAGACCGACAGACCGACAGCAGUGACGAAGUAGGCUGACUGGAUAUCCAGCGGGUCGCUGGCCAGGCUUGGCUUUUUUAUGAUGUACCAUAGCGGGAGAUGAUAACAUUGGACUAUUUGCU